AUGCAUGUAAACGAGAAGUAUAGAUCAAUACAAACAUUCUACAAAUAUUAUUCGGGUGAAAAGACUGCGCCGAUUCUCACAAUCUUCGUUGGCGGGAACCAUGAGGCUUCAGGAUAUCUGGCAGAAUUGCCAAAUGGAGGCUGGGUUGCGCCAAAUAUAUACUACAUGGGAUUCGCAAAUGUUAUAAGGUUCGCUGGAUUACGGAUAGCUGGCCUGUCGGGCAUAUACAACGGGCGAGAAUUCAAUCGUGCCUACUGUGCAAAAAUUUUGUUGGUAGAUCUGAUUAUGUUAAAUACAUUUCUACAUUCACCAGUUACAGGACAUUAUGAACGCCCACCAUACAAGGAUCGCAGUGAUAUCGUUUCCUCUUACCAUGUUCGGAAUAUCGAUGUGUGGCGUCUAAAACAGCUAAGACCAGCUGAUGACGAUAGCACUAGUAACCCUGUAGAUAUUAUGAUCAGCCAUGACUGGCCCUCGGGGAUUGUAGACUUUGGCGACAAAGACUGGCUUUUGAGAGUGAAACCAUUCUUUGCUGAUGAUGUAAAUAAUGGAAAAUUGGGAAAUCCCUCCACUAUGCAGCUGCUCUAUGAUAUACGGCCUAGGUACUGGUUUGCAGCGCAUCUGCAUGUAGCCUUUGCUGCUCUUGUAGCUCAUGAUGGUAAAGAUGGCUCUGCUGGAGCAAAUCCGACAAGAUUCUUAGCUCUAGAUAAGCCUAUACCUAGGAGACAGUUCAUACAGGCUUUGGAAUUAGAUAUAGCCGAGGAUGCUGAACUCAAGUUAACUUAUGACCCGCAAUGGCUAGCCAUUUUGAAGAGCACAGACAGUUUUACAACGAUAACUCGCUCAGUGAGUGGCAAAGAACUCCAAAACGCAUAUUUGCCUUCUGCUCAUAGCAACGAGCGGUGGGACUUCCGGCCUACUGAAGAGGAAUUGGCAAGCAUUAGCAAGCUUGGAGACAUGAGUAUCCCGGAAAAUUUCCAGCAAACUGCAAAACCAUUGUUGAAGGACACACCGGAAGCAAGGAAUGCGCAGUGUACUCCAUACUACAGAAAUCCGCAAACGGCUGAAUUUUGCUCUUGGUUGGACAUUCAGGAUCUAAACAAAAUGCUUGUGGAUAGAGAUCCUGAUAGCGUCGACAUCGCACAUUAUUUAGUAGAAAACAGUACCGAUGACAGCGAAAUUCAGAUUGACGAAGAAGUGGGUAUAUUUGAUAUCUAUGAACCUAGAGAUAGAGUUCAGGCAAAAUUGGGCCCUAGGACUUCCUAUGUUUAUACUGACGGCGGCAUUAACUAUACCAUCGUCCAAACGGCGGCCCGUAUGAUUUUCGACGAUGGCGAGGACUUCGUGCUUGACACGCGACCAACACCAGAUACUCUUCCAUCGCCGAAAACCACGCGCGACGCCCAAGACGAUCCGCUGAAUGACUUUGUCCCACCCAAACUUACUCCCAAAGCUAAGGAUACACUACCAGAUGUUUUAGAUGAUUUCGUACCUCCAAAAAUUACACCAAAAAGUAGAAAAGAUGAUAGUAGUAGUGAUGAGAUUGUUCUCAAACGUCGUAAGGUCGAUCUUCCCGAUGACGAAUGA